GUUGUAUUUAUUUUUUCAUCAUAGUUAAGUGAGGUUAUGAUUGUCUUCUAAGUACCACCGUUUCAGACUUUUAGUUUCUCAUUCUUUUAGGUUCAACAAUCAACGUGUAAGUGAACCAAAUUUCGGAAAAAUGCCUUUCAAGAGGUUUGUUGAAACUGGCCGAGUGGUCUACGUUGUUGAUGGUCCUUACAAAGGCAAAAUAGUUUCCAUAGUCGAUUGUAUUGAUCAAAAAACUGUUUUGGUAGAUGGACCAGAAACUGGAGUACCCAGGUCAAAGAUGCGCAUCAGCCAAAUCCACUUGACAAAGUUUAAGAUUAAUUUCCCUUACAAUGGAUCAACCAGAACUGUGCGUCAAGCUUGGAUAAAAGCUGAUUUAAACAAAUUGUGGGUUCAAAGUAGAUGGGCAGAAAAAGCCGCCAACAGGGAAAAGCGUGCAUCCUUGGGCGAUUUUGAAAGAUUCAAGCUUAAAAGAGCAAGAAAAAUCAGAAACAAGAUCAGGACCAAUGUCUAUCAAGCACUUUUCAACAAAACUUAUUGCCCAAAAAAAAAGACCGCAGUUAAAGUUGCUAAAGCGUAAUAAAUUUUAAUUUGAAUUUAUGUAAA